UCUAUUUCUUUCUUCAACCUCAAAACUAAAAGGAUUAACAUAACCAUAAUACAAAAAAAAAAAUAUAAAAGGAGCAAGAGAGAGAAACACCUACAAAGGGGAAUUGGUGGGUGGAGGCUUUUCGUCAUUAGGGAGAGGCUUCCAUGUUCACCACAGCCAUGCCAGAAUCCAUUGAUUCCGUUUCAUUCGACAUGGAGAAGAUCUACCUCGGUGGAAAGGAGCAUCAUAUUCGAACUGGCUGUGGUUCUGUGUCUGUCAUAGUAUAUGGGGAUCCUGACAAACCAGCUCUGAUCACCUAUCCGGAUUUGGCCCUAAACUAUAUGUCAUGUUUCCAAGGAUUAUUUUUCUGUCCAGAGGCAGCUUCUUUACUGCUUCACAACUUCUGCAUAUAUCAUAUCAGUCCUCCCGGACAUGAGUUGGGAGCAGCUGCAAUUUGUUGCGAGGAUCCUGUUCCUUCUGCUGAAGACUUAGCAGAUCAAAUAAUCGAGAUCCUCAACUAUUUUGGGCUUGGUGCAGUGAUGUGUAUGGGAGUGACAGCUGGUGCUUAUAUCCUUACUCUUUUUGCUAUAAAAUAUAGAGAGCGUGUUCUUGGUUUAAUACUAGUUUCUCCCUUAUGCAAAGCACCGUCUUGGACUGAAUGGUUUUAUAACAAGGUGAUGUCAAACUUGUUAUAUUUCUAUGGUAUGUGUGGCUUGCUGAAAGAGUGUUUACUUCAGCGAUACUUCAGCAAGGAAGUUCGCGGUAACGUUGCAGUUGCAGAAUCAGAGAUAGUUCAAGCCUGCAGAAAACUGCUGGAUGAGAGAAAGAGAACAAACGUUUUGCGGUUUCUUCAAGCAAUUAAUCAGAGGCCUGAUAUUUCAGAUGGAUUGAAAAGAUUAAAAUGCCGAACACUUAUUUUUGUUGGAGACAGUUCUCCUUUCCAUUCAGAGGCUCUAUACAUGACUUCAAAACUUGAUAGGAGAUACAGUGCCUUGGUUGAGGUGCAGGCUUGUGGAUCGAUGGUUACAGAAGAACAGCCACAUGCAAUGCUGAUACCAAUGGAGUACUUUUUCAUGGGGUAUGGGCUUUAUAGACCAACCCAUUUCAGUGACAGCCCAAGAAGCCCACUGAGCCCAUCGUGCAUCUCUCCUGAGCUCCUUUCACCGGAAAGCAUGGGACUGAAGCUGAAGCCCAUAAAGACUCGUGUUUCACUGAAGGUUUGAACAUAAUGAUGAUGAUGAUGAUGAUAAAAAAACCUUUGACUUUUGUAAUUGGAAGAAGUUUAUCUUGAAAUUUUUUCAUUGUUAAGAGAGGGGAGGGAUGGAAAAAAGUUGUGUAGAUAGAAGUGAAGGGCAUGGAAAGAAUACGUCCGUGAAAUACAUAUAAAACCUGAAAAUAGGUAAGAGAAGUCGCAUGGUGAUUCAUUUGUAGGUUUGUCUUCAAUAAAGGAAUCGUUGAGCUGUAUCUGUAAAUUCCAGAUGGACUAUUAAUUUAUUUAUCAUUUGUUAAGA